GGAUUUGAGUAUAAAAGCCGGGUUGGGGCGCAUGAUUGGAGUCACAGUUAGUUGGUGUGUUCAAUAGCUAAGAAGCCAAAUUCUCUCUACACUAGAAUACCAAAAUGAAAGUUGCUGCCGGUCUGUUUGUUGUGCUAGCUUUGGCCCUGGCCGCCGAGGCUCAUCCAUCGUGGCCGUGGGCGGCCGCUCCUUGGCCGGGUGCGUGGCCAGCAGCGUGGCCUGCUGCCGCAUGGCCUUGGGGUUGGCCUGCCGCUGCCCCAGCACCUGCUCCAGUGGUAGCCGUUGACGCCCCGGCCGCACCUGCUCCGGCGGCUACCUCCGUAACCGCAAACCGGGGAGCUGUCCACGUGGCCCCACUGCCGGGACAUGCCAUCAACCAGCAGCAACUGAAUCUGGCUCCUGCGCCAGGAACCGCCUAGAACUGUCGAUCACAGAUUCCCGCAAUACUCAGAAGUCAAACUCACGAAUCCCUUUCUUUCCGUACCACUUUGUACUAUAUCUAUGGACUAGCUAUCAGCGCGCAAGGAUCUACGAAUAAAACUGUUUUUUUUUAUUUCUCCAUAAAUCAA